UUUGAGAAAUUUGUGAACCCUACACAGAAAACUGGAGGAGGUUUUGAAUUGGCGUUCAUCAUCCAUUUCGGAGCUCCUUUGGCGCUCGUUUCACUUCCUAGGGUUUAUCCUCUUCCAAUUACUUCCAGUUUUUCCUUCUCAGGCCACCGAUUUUCCUUUAUUAGACGCUACUUUUGCUAAUCUCCAGUAGAUGCAGUUUCCUCCAACUUCGCCCCGCUCCUCAUAUUAUCGUCAACCAUCAACUCGCUUUCUCAUCCAUUGUUUACAGAGAUACCGGGUUGUUUCAGCUGCGUUCUGUGGAGGACUUUUCAGAUAGAAAGUUUGUUACUUUGGUUGGUUGUAGAUGAAUUGGGAGUGAUGAAACUUUACAAUCUGUAUGGUAUUUUAGGUUCUACAUUGAUUGAGACAGUCUCCGAGUCAAAAGCAUUUCCUAAAAGGGACUAAGAUGCAAACAAGAUCUGUUUUGAGGCUUAAUACUACUAUAUACUCUGGUGUUCAGAAAGCAAUAGCUGCUGGACAUCAAAGUGGACUGCGCUAUAUAAACAAUUUCUUUCUUGGACGAGGGGAAUUGUUGACGAAGGAUUGCCGGUUUUCUAAUUCCUUGCCAUAUUCCACAUUUUCAAUGUCAAAUACUUUGAAUUUUUCACCAAGAUUCCCUUCCAACAGAAAGUCUAUGGCUGCUUCUAGUGCUAAAUCUGUUUCUGGAGAUGGCUUUAUUGAAAAUUUAGUCACAAACCGUGGAAAUGCUUUAGAGCUUGCAACACCUGUGGUGGGAGUGUUAAACCAUAGAAGUUAUAAGAAUUUCCAGAAAGCUCGAAUGAGUUUGAGAAGGAAACAAGCACCCAAUAAUUGUCUAAUCUCUCGGAGCAAUUCAAUUGAUGCAAUGCAUGUUAAGGGAAACUGCUUUCUGCAAGUCGGGUUGACAAAUCUUCAUGCCUUAUCUCAUGCAUGCUAUGCUGCUGGGGCUGCUAAUUCUCCAGCUUUUGACAGCAACUCUCGUGAUGAACAGUUCACAAAUUCAACCACUUUGUCAAGCAAAGGUUUAUUAGACGAAAGAACUUUGAAGCUGCAUUCAGGAUCAUGCUAUCUUCCCCAUCCGGCGAAAGAAGAGACAGGAGGAGAGGAUUCUCAUUUUAUUUGUGUGGAUGAACAUGUAGUUGGUGUUGCGGAUGGUGUAGGUGGUUGGGCAGAUGUUGGCAUUGAUGCUGGGAAGUUUGCUCGUGAACUUAUGUCAAACUCGAUAAAUGCCAUACAGGAGCAGCCUGGGGACUCAGUUGACCCUGCCAAGGUGUUAGAGAAAGCUCAUUCAGGCACUACAGCUAAGGGUUCUUCAACAGCCUGCAUCAUUUCUCUUUCUGAAAAGGGACUCCAUGCUAUUAAUCUGGGGGAUAGUGGAUUCAUAGUUAUAAGAGAUGGAAGCACUAUUUUCAGAUCUCCCGUUCAGCAACAUGGCUUCAAUUUUACUUAUCAGUUGGAGAGCGGCAGUGGUGGUGAUUUACCCAGCUCUGGAGAGGUUUUCAUGAUACCUGUUGCACCGGGGGAUGUCAUAGUUGCUGGAACAGAUGGCUUAUUCGACAAUCUAUACAGUAAUGAGAUUUCAGCUGUUGUAGUUAAUGCAGUUAGAUCUGGGUUGGAACCCGAAGUAACUGCACAAAAGAUAGCUGCUUUAGCACGCCAAAGAGCACUGGAUCGGAACCGGCAGACCCCAUUUUCUGCUGCUGCCCAAGAGGCUGGUUAUCGCUACUACGGUGGUAAGCUGGAUGAUAUCACCGUUGUUGUCUCGUAUAUAACAAGUUCUACAAGUACAUGAUUUUCUCUCCACUCCAAUUAAGUGCAAUCUGAAGAGCCUGAAUGAAGUGUAUUUUAGUGUAACUUAAUGGUGGUGAUUGUGAGGAUUGACAAUCUUUGUUCCCAGUUUUUCCAUGGAGUGCAGUUGACGAAGCUGUAGAAUGGUUUUUUCAUCAAUCAUCGUUCACAACCUUCCUGAGGUUUCUGUAAACUCCUAUCACUUUGUACUCCUGUUUUAGAAACAGCCUUUAGGCAAAUGAUAGAUGUUACUUUCGAUUCUUAAGUAAAGAAACAGCAGCAGCGCCCCACUGAUUGCUACAAUCUCUUCACGUUCUUGCAUCCAGUGAAUGAAUAUACUCGAUUAAGUGAUAAAUAUUUGUUGUGGUUGUGAAAUAAUAACUUGCCUGUACUAUAUUUUUGUU